AUGAUCCGGGUAGCCUGUGAAGAUGCCAAUGACAGGCUGCAGAGCAGGUUGAAUGAUGGUGCUUGGAAGGAGGAGUCUCUUUUUUCCAAAGUGAAGAACUUUGAUUUCCAAGCUCCGGCCAGGGAGGUCGGUCAGGGGCUUGAAGUGAGAUGGAGCCCUUCGCAGGCGCGAAAAGGAGGCCAUGCAUAUUUGGUCACCUUCACUGUGGAUCUCGCUGCAAGCCGUGCUUUCAGAGUGAUUCAACGGAUGAUGCUGACUGGAUCUCUAGAUCCUGGAUGCAAGGUGAUGUGGUCACGACCUGUGGACACGACGUCCAGACACAACACCCACUACAUACGAUACCUCGCCUUCGCAGAAUGGUUCUUUAGCCGUGAUUUUUGCACGGCCUGUCACUGUGGGCCGGUGGCCAGCCAAACCCAAGAAGAAUGCUAUACUCUGGCAACCAGAUCUAUGAGUCAGCAACUGCUAGAGCUCGAAGGGAUGCCCAAACCCACCGGAGAGGUCGGCGCGGUCAUCGAGGUCAUGGGCGUCCGGCUCACCGGUGGCGAUGCGCAAACGAAGGUGGAAGUCAUGGCGGAUGUGGAUCCUGCGGCUCCUUUGGUGUACCUCACGUCCAUUGUGAACAAGAGGAUCAGGUCCCACACCCGGAAUGCAGCCUGGCUGAUGCAGCGUGCGCUCAAGGAUGAGACAUGA